GGCUUCCGCAGUGCGUCUCUGGUACCGGCGGUGGCGACGUUUGUAGUCACCAGGCAAGCGACUGAGAUGGCAAGCACAGCCGCCCCUGCAGCCGCCUUCCCCACCCUGGCUCCGCCUUUGGAGCAGCUCCGGCACUUGGCAGUGGAGCUGCGGUCGCUCAUGCCUGGAGUGCGGGUCGGCGAAGCGCAGGAGACCACCGAGGAGUUCAAUCGGGAGAAGUUUUGGAGGAGACUCAACGAGGCGGCUGUGAAAGUGGCCAGCGAAGCCACGACUCUGACCACAGCCUUCUCCAGACUUCCGCUGCCGUCUCCACAGGAAACCCAGAGGUUCUGUGAGCUAAUUCGUGUUGCCAUUGAGGCAAUUAUUGCCGUGUACUACUCGCUUCCCAAGGGUCAGGGAAUCACCCUGCGAAAGGUGGUACGGGGCAGCAUUCUGGACAUUGUGGAUGGCAUGACGCAGCUCGUGGAAGCGCUCCUCAUCACUCCCUCCCAGAGCCCCGAGAACAAGGACCUUAUUUUCUGCAACACUGUCUGGGUUGCCUGUCAGCAGGUGCCUCGGAUACCAAGAGAUAACAAAGCCGCAGCCCUUUUAAUGCUGACGAAGAGUGUGAAUUUUGUGAAGGAUGCACAUGAGGAAAUGGAGCGGGCUGUGGAAGAAUGUGACCCUUACUCUGGACUCUUGAAUGAGGAGGACAACUUAGUGAAUGACCAUAGGGUGGACUCUGAUGGCCAUAAUGAUGCUGAAGAAGAUGCAUUGGGGUUUCCAAACAAUCGGGAUGUAUACUGGUCAGAGGAAGAUCAGGAGCUCAUAGUCCCAUGCCUUGCACUGGUGAAGGCAUCCAAAGCCAGCCUGAAGAAAAUCCGGAUCUCAGUGGCAGAGAAUGGGAAGAAAGACCAGGUGGCCCAGCUGGAUGACAUUGUGGAUAUUUCUGAUGAGAUCAGCCCCAGUGUGGAUGAUUUGGCUCUGAGCAUAUAUCCUCCUGUGUGCCACCUAACUGUGCGAAUCAGCUCUGCGAAACUUGUAUCUGUUUUAAAGAAGGCACUUGAAAUUACAGAAGCAAGUCAUGUGUCCCCUCAGCCAGAAGAUAGUUGGAUCCCUUUACUCAUUAGCGCCGUUGAUCAUUGCAUGAACAGAAUCAAGGAGCUUACCCAGAGUGCACUUGAAUUAUGAGCUUUCAGGCUCCUUUGUACUUUCCUUCUCUCACCAUCUCUCAUUGUCACAGCCAGGGCUGAUGUCUGCUUUUCAAAUGGAGCCAGAAUGCUUUCUGGAUCAAAACGGAGUCUCUGAACUUAACAAGAUGUACUGUUGCCAAGGUUGUUGGUUAGACCAGACUGGCUGUUAUUUAUAAACCAUAAGAGUGUGGUGUAUUUUUCUGUGCUAGAUGGAAAAAAAUAAUUGCAUGACUUUGUGUUCUUGAAUUGCCUCAGAGAUUCCUGGGGAAGCUGCCUCAAGCAUUUCUUAUUUGCAAUAAAUUAUAUUGUUAAAGGUGCUGAUGGUCUGAAGAAAAUAGUAA